AUGCUUACCCCUGUUAUUUUUUGGGCUAAGGCUCUCAUGCAGCAUAUAUGGUCACUAGGCCUAGAUUGGGAUAAUACUCUUCCUAGUGAUAUUAUCGACAGAUGGUCAACUUUUGUCAACGAACUUCCUGAGAUUGAAAAUUUGGAGAUUGGCAGGUACAUAUCUCUGAGUGAUGCGGUUAAUAUUCAGUUGCAUGGAUUUUCAGAUGCAAGUGAACUCGGUUUUGCUGGAUGUGUUUAUCUACGAACUGAGAACCCGCAAGGCAGUAUAUAUGUCAACUUAUUAAUAGCCAAGUCACGUGUGGCACCCCUGAAACGUAUCACGAUUCCUCGCCUUGAACUGUGCGGAGCACAUAUUUUAGCCAAACUGUUACACUACUGUGUUGAUCAACUCUCAGAUCGCUACAAGAUAGAUUCUGUUACCGCUUGGAGUGACUCCACUGUGGCUCUUUCAUGGAUUCACACCCCUUCUCAUCGUUUGAAGUUAUAUGUUGCAAAUCGUGUUGCACAGAUUCAAGAAUUGACCCCUUCCUGCAUAUGGAAACACAUUUCUACUCUUGAAAACCCCGCUGAUGUUGCCUCUAGAGGAUUAACCCCAUCUCUUCUUAUUCAUAACAAGCUCUGGUGGUCUGGACCCACAUGGCUUAAGAGUUCAUCUGAUUCAUGGCCUCAACCAUCGAGUCAUCUUCCCGAAGAGGAACUCCCAGAAAUUAAAACCACAACACUAAAUCUUCUUACGAUAGCUGAAGAUCAAGAUCUGAAGUUUAUCAAUAAAUUCUCUUCAUGGACUAAACUACUUCAUGUCAUGGGCUACGUUUUACGUUUUAUUUCCUGCUUGAAAACUAAGCAAAGGAUUACUCAUUCUCUCACACUUGAAGAGUUAGAAGUAUCGAACAAACGGAUUUGUUGGCUUGUUCAAAGAGAGAGUUUCUCUGAGGAUAUUAAUUCCCUGUCAAAGAAGAAUGUGUGUUCUUCUCGCAUUCAACGCCUUUCACCGUUUAUGGAUGAUGAAGGUUUGUUAAGAGUUGGAGGACGACUGAAACAUUCUGAGUUGCCGUACAGCGCCAAGCAUCAAAUUAUCUUACCAAAGGAUCAUUUUGUUGUAAAUUUGAUAAUUGAUUAUCAUCAUCGCAUCUUUCUUCACUGUGGACCAACACAACUCCAAGCUGUUCUUCGUGAGAAAUAUUGGAUACUUUCUGCUCGUAGUAUCAUACGCUCCAGGAUUUUUAAACGCCUGAGAUGUUUCAGAAUGAAACCUAAGCCAAACACACCAUUGAUGGGAGACUUACCUUCCCCAAGAGUGGUAGCAACCCGACCUUUUAAUGUUACUGGAGUCGACUAUGCCGGACCAUUUACAGUGAAAUUGUAUGUCCUAAAAAGGCUUCAGCCUAUUAAAGUUUAUCUUUGUCUAUUUGUCUGCUUUGCAACGAAAGCCGUACACUUAGAAGUUGUGUCGGAUUUGUCCUCAGAAGCUUAUAUAGCAGCUCUUACACGUUUUAUUUCCAGACGUGGUUCAGUGAAGGAAAUUCAUAGUGAUUGUGGAACCAACUUUGUCGGAGCAGCUGCUGCACUUCACAAAUGUUUUAACAACCUCCUUUGCAAUCCAGUAACUCACCGUUUUGCUGAAGAAAACAACAUUUCUUUCAAAUUUCUGCCUCCACACGCGCCUCAUCAAGGUGGCUUGUGGGAACGAGCUGUUAGGAGUGCUAAGCAUCACCUUCAUAGAGUAAUCGGUGGCCAAAUCCUGACUUAUGAAGAAUUCAUAACUCUCGUGUCACGUGUCGAAGCAAUAUUAAAUUCAAGACCGCUUACCCCUCUCUCUGGAGAUCCGAAUGACUUAGAGUCUCUAACCCCAGGACACUUUUUAACUGGUGGACCUCUGAAAUCCAUGGUUGAACCUCAAUAUGAUGAAACUUCUUGUAACCGCUUGAGGAGAUGGCAAUUAGUUCAGGCAUUCUCUCAACACAUCUGGACUCGAUGGUCCCAAGAGUAUCUGCAUACUCUACAGCAUCACUCUAAGUGGACGAGUAAAACAGAGAACCUCAAGAUUGGUGACCUUGUUGUUAUUCAUGAGCCUAACACUCCUCCCCUACAAUGGAAACUUGCAAGAAUCACCGCAGUAUCUCCAGGAGCAGACGGAAUUGUACGAGUGGUCCAUCUACGCACCGCUACAGGGAACUUCAGUCGGCCAACCGUCAAAGUUUCCCUUCUUCCUACCAAUUAA